AUGUUAUUUUUUCUAAUUUGCUUAGCAAAUGCUGUAGAUUUAAGAUUCAAAUUGCCAGCUCGAUAAAUAAGAUGUUUUGGUGAUAGACUAUAAGAAAAGGAGAUGAUAUAAGGGUUUGUGGAAGGAGAGUCAGCUGAUUAUAGUCUUAAAAUAACUGAUACAAGUGUGAAUAAGUAGUUGUUGUACACGUAUCAUGAAUUAACACAAAAGUUUACACAACUUUUCAAUGAGACAACAUAGAUUCAAAUUUGUAUUCAUAAUCUGGCUCACUAUUAGAUGAACAUCUAGUUUUUCUAUGAGCAGGGUAUAUAAGCAGAAUUAGCAUCAAUGGAAGAUUUGAAGGAAGUAGAGAAGUAAGUUAAAUAAUACAAUAAUACUUUGCAACACUUAAAGGUAUAAAAUUGAAUUAAUUAAUAGUCUGCCCAAUUGGAUUUAGUAUAAUUGUAGACAAAUAGGAAUGAAAAGAUGAAUGUAAUUUCUAGCAAAAUAAUAUUUUUUUCGAUAAUAACUAUUUUGUUAAUGAUAAUUGUCACCGUAAUUUUUACAAUAAAGGCAGCAAAAGUAAUGAAAUUGAAGAAAUCUUAUUGA